UGUCAAUUUUAGCAACUUCCGAGGCGACAGCCGCAACUGUUUGUUGGCAACUUUUAGCUUUCAGUUCCGAGAGAGGGGGCAUGGAAAGAAUUGAUGUGCCCCCCGCGGGCCCCGCGGACCUGCCGCUGUCCCUGCUCGAGAUGGGAUGCUCCGGCAGGUUUGAGCUCAUCACACACGCCCUUCCUGAUCAGCCUUUACCCCCACAGAGCACGCUCCCCCAUGGUCUUCCACCCACCAGUCUGAACCUGGAGACAGAAGUAGAGAAGCAGUUUUUGCAGGACCCCGCCUGGCUUCCUAUCCACGACAUAGACUUCGCCUUUCAGAAGUUUCUCAAGGUAACUCAAAGAAAGGUAAACGCUGACUCUCUGCUCAACUGCGCUCCGUCUCCUCUUCAUUCGGGGCUCUCUGUCGUCAGAGAUCCGACCACAGGGAUGCUGCAGGACUUCACGGAGGUGUUACUGGAGAACACAGGCCUAUCGGCGAAGAACUCGCUGUCAUUACAACGCCAGCCUGGACCGCCUUCAGAGAGCCUCCGAGGAAGCAACACCAACUACCCCUUCCUCCCUGGAGGGAUGGAGGAACUGACUCUGGACCAAAUCAAGACGAAGACUGAGCUGGAGGAGGACAUAGACUUUGAGAAUGAUUUACUGAAAGUUCCCCCUGGACUAAAAGCUGGGAUGGACUUUACUGACAAAGAUGCCAAAAUAGCAAAGCCAGAGGUCAACCUCAUGUCCCUCCUGUCCUCACUGGAAGACAUCGGCGAUUUGCAGCCUGAGGCAGAGAAAGAGGGAGAGAAAGGACGUGAAGAAGCCCCAAAACUACCCAGAACGAACAGCCUGGAAGACUUGGGCAUUAAGGAUGCUGUGUCAUCCCCGUCUCCCGCGGAGAAAGGAAAGGAUGAGAAAUCAACACCAAAAGAGAAGCCAGUGGAAAACAAGAAGUGGGCCAUCCCCGUGGACAUAGCGUCACCCUGUGACGAUUUCUAUAAACGCGUUCCAAACCCGGCUUUUAAGUGGCCGUUUGAGCUGGACGUUUUCCAGAAGCAGGCUGUGCUGAGGCUGGAGGCUCACGACUCUGUGUUUGUAGCCGCGCACACAUCAGCCGGCAAAACAGUGGUGGCCGAGUACGCCAUCGCCCUCUCACAGAAACACAUGACAAGGACCAUCUACACGUCUCCUAUCAAGGCUCUGUCCAAUCAGAAGUUCAGAGACUUUAAAAACACAUUCGGUGACGUCGGACUCCUGACGGGCGACGUCCAAAUCAGUCCUGAAUCUUCCUGUCUCAUCAUGACCACUGAGAUCCUCAGGUCGAUGCUUUACAACGGUUCGGAGGUCAUCAGAGACUUGGAGUGGGUCAUAUUCGACGAGGUUCACUACAUCAAUGAUGCCGAGAGAGGGGUUGUGUGGGAGGAGGUUUUGAUCAUGCUUCCUGAUCACGUCAGCAUCAUCCUCCUGAGCGCCACAGUGCCCAACGCUGUGGAGUUUAGCGAGUGGAUCGGCCGAAUUAAGAAGAGGCACAUUUAUGUGAUCAGCACAAUGAAGAGACCUGUACCGCUGGAGCAUUAUCUCUACACUGGAAACAGCACGAAGACCCAGAAAGAGAUGUUUCUGCUGGUGGACCCUGCAGGAAACUUCCUCACUAAAGGGUACUAUGCAGCCGUCGAUGCCAAGAAGGAGCGCACCAGCAAACACGCCCAAUCAUUUGGCACCAAAAACACUCACAACACUUCAGCCAGUCAGGAUCGAACGGUGUGGCUCACCCUCCUGCACUUCCUGUCCCAGCGGCAGCAGACCCCGGUGGUCGCGUUCACCUUCUCCCGAACGCGCUGCGACGAGAACGCCCGCUCCCUCGACUCCAUGGACCUGACCUCCUCCAAGGAGAAGGCUGAGAUCCACUCUUUCUUCCAGAAGAGUCUGAGUCGCCUCCGCGGAGGAGAUCGGCAGCUGCCUCAGAUCUUGCUCAUGAGGGACCUGUUGAAGAGGGGAAUCGCCGUCCAUCACAGCGGGAUCCUGCCCAUCCUGAAGGAAGUCAUAGAGAUGCUUUUCUCCCGAGGUUUCGUAAAGGUGCUGUUUGCCACCGAGACGUUUGCGAUGGGGGUGAACAUGCCGGCCAGGACCGUGGUGUUUGACAGCAUCAGGAAACACGACGGGACCGGUUUUAGAAAUCUGCUGCCAGGGGAGUACAUUCAGAUGGCGGGCAGAGCCGGCCGGCGAGGGCUGGACGCCACAGGCACCGUCAUCAUUCUGUGCAAAGCCGGCGUCCACGAGAUGGCCGACCUGCACGUCAUGAUGCUGGGUAAACCCACCGUCCUCCAGUCACAGUUCAGACUCACCUACACCAUGAUCCUCAACCUGCUGCGAGUCGAAGCGCUCCGAGUGACGGACAUGAUGAGGAGGAGCUUCUCUGAAAGCCACAGAGACACUCAGGCCCACGAGAAGAGGAUCAGCCACCUGAAGCAGACACUGUCCUCUCUGCCUCCUCUGGACACGGACGGCCAGCUGUCCGACCUGCUGCCUUAUUACUACACCGUGACCGAGCUGCGAACCACCACAGAAGCUUUGCAGCGCGCCAUCAUGGAGUCUGUGAACGGUUUGAAGGCUUUGUCCGUGGGUCGAGUUAUCGUGGUCAAUAACAAACAGCAUCUCAACGCCUUGGGAGUUAUUCUACAGGUGUCCAGUGACUCCGUGAAUCGCACCUUCACAGCUCUAAUUAUAUGCGAGAAGGGCAACGAGGAAGUGGAAGGGAAAGGCAAUGACGACACCGCUUUCCCUCACCUCUACAACACGGCUCUGUUCAUACCCGAAGGCCCUUGCAGCCACACGGUGCAGAAACUGAAGCUUCAGGACAUCUCGGCCAUCACGGUGAAAACCCUCAAAGUGAUUCCUGACAGGAUUAUUGAUAACUACAACAAGAGACAACAGCCUCGAUUCAGACACGACCCUCCGGGGCAAGCCAUCUCCACGGCGACGCAGGAGCUCCUGCGAUUGGCCGAGGCCAACCCGGGCGGCAUGGCGAGCCUCGACCCCGUGAACGACCUCCAGCUGAAGAGCGUGGAUGUGGUGGAGGGCUCCAUGAGGCGUCACAAGCUCCAAGACAGCCUCAAAGGUUUCAACUGCAUCCACUCGCCCACUUUCGCCGAGCAGUUUGCUCGGGUUAAGGAGAGGAUGAGCGUGCAGGAGGAGCUGGACCGCCUGCUGUUCCUGGUGUCGGACCAGAGUCUGACGCUGCUGCCUGAGUACCACCAGAGAAUCAAGGUGCUUCAGUCUCUCCAGUACGUGGACGGCAGCGGGGCGGUGCAGCUGAAGGGCCGAGUCGCCUGUCAGAUCAGCAGCCACGAGCUGCUGCUGACCGAGCUGCUGUUCGACAACGUCCUGAGCCCGCUGGCGCCGGAGGAGAGCGCCGCCCUGCUGUCCUGCCUGGUCUUCACCCAGAAGACGCAGGUGGAGCCGCACAUUACCAACACGCUGCAGGAGGGCAUCGACCGGGUGCUGUCGGUCGCAAAGCGUAUCGGAGAGUUGCAGCAGGAGUGUGAGAUACCGCAGACAGCUGAGGAGUAUGUCGGCCAGUUCAAGUUUGGCCUGACGGAGGUGGUGUACUGCUGGGCCAGAGGAAUGCCCUUCGCCGAGAUCGCCCAGCUGACGGACGUCCAGGAGGGGACGGUGGUCCGCUGCAUCCAGCGCCUGGACGAGGUGCUGAAGGAGGUGCGACAGGCCGCCCGCAUCGUGGGAGACUCCGUCCUGGGGAGCAAGAUGGAGAAGGCGUCCCUGGCCAUCCGCAGGGACAUCGUCUUCACGGCGUCCCUCUACACCCACUGAGAGACGGCAGGAUGGAGGAUGAGGGCAGAGCCGAGAGUUCGUUUGUGUCAAAGGUGUGAGAAAGGUCGAGGUAUAAAUACGUGGGGGGAGACUGUCCAGUGCUGUAUGUGCCUACAAAACACAACAUGAUGUUUACAAGAAAAUAAUGUUUGGGUGUAAAGGAGAGACUGGUUUUAACAAACAGACCAAAAUGUAAGAAUAAAAUCUGGAUUGUAAUUUAUUGUACAGUAAUAAAAUCUGUAUUUCAAGCCUGAUGCGUUUCAUUCUUUCUCCCAUAGUUGUUUAAGUCUGUUCCUCUGGUUUAGCGGCAUCAUGCAGCAAAAAAACACACCUGCCAGGAAAUUCAUUAGAGAAGAGGCUGAAACCGUCACAGCGAGGAAAGAAAUCCGCCUCAUUCAGGAGCUGUUCUCCUCUUUGUUACUCUGUAGUGGGAUGUUCCAGCCUAGUGCCUGUGCGUUUUUUUUUUUUUUUUGUUCCCAGUCCGGGCUGUCGCUUUAAGACAACGAUAGCUUUGUGUCUCAUUAAUUCGAUGUACGGCGACGCGUUAGUAGAGAAACCUUAUUAGAGGAGCAGCCACACGGGAGAGGAGAGAGGAGAGGAGGAUCGUGGACGAACCUGCGCGCUCCGACGCCAUUUAGUUUAAAAUAAAAUAAUAAUAAUAAUAAAAAAAAACUGAAGUUAAAUUUUAUAUCUUUAAGAUGAAGACAUCGUGAUGAAGAUGGGUUGCGCACGUUUGGAAUAAAACUCCGCAUCAUCGCGCAGGAAGAGGAGCGGUGUUCACCAGCUGGAGUAAAAUAAUAAUAAUAAUAAUUUAAAUUAAAAAAAAAAAAAAAAAAAAAAA